GUAUGGAUGUCUAAAGCAACACAGCUAGUUUAUCAACUUGAAUUGUCUAAACAUGUCUCAAAUACGGUUGUUGAGGGUUUUUCUCAACGAGAGAUUAACAGCUGCUGCUGAGGAGAUAUUUGGGGUCGUUGAAAAAACGGUAGCAGAGUAUCAGGAGGAAGUUGUCCGUCUACAGAGGCUGCUCGACAUUGUUCUUCAACCUGAGAUAAACAUGCCCAGAGCAGACCGCCAGCAGUGUACUCUCUCUGUCUCUGAAGAGGAGGUUCCCCCUGAGCAGCAGCAGUGUGAGCAGGAGUGGAGCCCCAGUCUGGGACAGGAGGACCCAGAGCCCAUACAGAUUAAAGAGGAACAGGAGGAACUCAGGACCAGUCAGGAGGAACAGCCGCUUAAAGGGCUUGAGGCAGAGACCAUAGAGUUCAUAUUCAAUCCUGUCUGUGUGAAAAGUGACCGUGAUGAAGACCCAACUCAGCCCUCACAUCUCUAUCAAGCCCAAAAGGAAGGCAACGGAGAGAGAGACACUCUACCUAGUACUACAACUGAAAAGAUCAAAACAGAACCUGAUGGAGACAUCUAUGUAGAAUCAGAACCAACCAGUGUCUCUCAGCCUUUCUCUACAGUAAAUCCAGACUGUUCGUCAGCUCAGAGUGAAAACAGUCAAAGUGUCAGUGGUAUGGAGACUGGAGGACCUCCGUCAGGCUUUAACCCAGUCAAAUCAAAGAGAACAAAGAUGGUAAAAGGACAAAGCUCCUGUGUCAAGAAAUCUACACAGUUGACCCUCCUGAAAUCACCCAGUCAAAGUCAUGCUACUCCUUGUUGUUGUAAGGUGUGUGGCAAGUCUUUUUAUCACAUGGGUACAUUAAUUAAACACGUGCAAAUUCAUACAAAGGAUGAAGAAGGUAUUUGUGGUGUGUGUGGAAAAUGUUUUCAGUCCACAGAAAGUAUGAAAGAUCACUUCCAAACUCACAUUGCAGAUAGGUUUUGUUGUCAUGUUUGUGGUAAAGGGUUCACCUUAAACAGUAAUCUAAAAAGACACAUGAGGAGCCACACAAGAGAUAAACCAUAUGGCUGUCAUUAUUGUGGCCAGGGAUUCAGCACUGGCAGCACUCUGAAUAGACACAUUAGGAUUCACACAGGGGAGAAGCCAUUUUGCUGCCCUGAUUGUGGCAAAUCAUUCACUCAGAGUGGACAUCUAAAAAUACACAUGAGGACCCACACAGGGGAGAAACCACAUAGCUGCCCUGAUUGUGGCAAAGGAUUCAGCAUUGCCAGUAAUCUGUCAGUGCACAUGAAGAUUCACACAGGAGAUAAAAGACAAAAGGAUUCAGCACUGGCACCAAUCUGAAUGUGCACAUGAGAACUCAGGGGAGAGACCAUACCGAUGUCCUCAUAGUAGAAAUGUAUUUCCCAAUCAGGUACAUUGAAUAACAGACACACCAAGGAAGCACUUUAAAUGUGUGAUACUGGCAGUAUUUUUCUAAAUGAUAGAACUCUGAUAAAGUAACAUGAAGAACAAUCACAAGAGGGAGGAAACAUGACAGUGUGCUGUUUGGGGAGAGGUCUGGAGAUAGAAGAUUGAGAGGCACAUUGUACAGUGCCUUUAAAAAGUAUUCAUACCCCUUGACUUAUUCCACAUUUUGUUGUGUUGUAGCCUGAAUUCAUAAUGACUUAAAUACAUUUUAAAAAUCCCCUCACACAUCU